AUGGGUCUCCCGCUUCCCCAGCAACUCAGAAUACCCUGCGCCUUCCUAGGUGCGCUGGGUAUCGUUACUUUUGCGCUCCGCUGCUUCAUCAUGCACAUGUGGUACACUGGGACUUUGUUGACAGGCAUCCACUAUGGAACUGGUCGACGAACUUCGGAAAUAUCUGUAACCGACUCAGUGCAUGCUAUGCGUUGUUGGUGGCUAUGCUUCCUGGCAUACGCAUGUUCAAUCACCUUGGCCAAAAUAUCCGCUGGUUUUUUCUUCCUUAGAGCCACAGGCAGCAAGCCAGUCUUCCGUAUCACGACCUAUGCUAUCACGAUACUCGCCGCAGUGGUCGGCUUCGGCUUCUUCUUCCUCAGUGUUUUCCAGUGCAUGCCAGUCAGCUUUUUCUGGACGCGCUUACAAGGAGAUAUUAAUGGAAAGUGCCUUGACAUCGAAAUCAUGAUAAUAGCCACAUACUUUUAUGGAGCUGUCACUGCUGGAACAGACAUAGCUUGGGGCAUCUUGGUCGGAGCGCUCAUCUGGAAACUGCAAAUUGACCGCCGCACAAAGGUUUUGACAGCGCCAUUUCUGGGUCUGGCAUGCAUUGCAAGUUACGCUGCCCUCGUGCGAAUGCCCUACGUUGCCAACUUCAAAAACCCAGACUUUCUAUACGCAACCGUCGAAAUCUCCAUGUGGUCCACAAUCGAAGUCGGUGUCUCCAUCUGCGCCGCCAACCUCGCCACCAUCCGGCCCCUAAUCCACCACUUUACCCAUAAAGGCGAAUCUUGGGAAUCGCGCCAGAACAGGCCAGGGCAGGUUAUGUUGGCAACUAUACCAGAUUCUCACGAACUUCCUGGACUGGAAUCACCGCCAAAGACUGCAGAGAGCUCGGUUUCAUCUACGGAUCCGCAAAACAAGAACGGCGAGAGCGGAAUGACGAGAACCGUGUCCAAUUGGAGCAGGUGGACGCGUAAAGAUAGUGCGGCGAACGUGGAUGCUCAUACUCCAUGA